AUGGUGAAACUUACCAUUGAAUUGAUUCAAAGUUCCAUGCAAUAUAUGAAUCCGUGUCGGGAUCGUGAGUUGGACCUAAGAGGUUACAAAAUACCUCAAAUUGAAAAUAUGGGCGCCACUCUUGACCAGUUUGAUACAAUAGAUUAUUCUGAAAAUGAUAUCCGCAAAUUGGAUGGGUUUCCUUUAUUAAAGAGACUAAAAUGCAUGUUCUUUAAUAAUAAUAGAAUUGUACGAAUUGGAGAAAAUCUAGAACAGUAUUUACCAAACUUGGAUACACUUAUCUUAACAAACAAUAAUCUAGCUGAGCUUGGUGAUCUUGACCCAUUGGCUUCACUGUCAAAACUAAAGACAUUAUCUUUGAUGCAUAACCCAGUUGCAAAUAAACAACAUUAUAGAGCCUAUAUUGCUUUUAAACUGCCUGGACUAAAAUUAUUAGACUUCAGAAAGAUAAAGCAGAAGGAAAGGGAAGAGGCAAAUAAUCUGUUUAAGAGCAAGAAAGGAAAGGAAAUGCAAAAGGAAAUUAUAAGAAAAGCGAAGACCUUCGUUCCUGGAGGCAAUAUGCCAGAUCCCAAAGUCACAAGUCUUACACCCCAAGAAAUUCACAAGAUACGAGAGGCUAUAAAGAAUGCUUCAUCCCUCCAAGAAGUGGAGCGGUUGACAAGGAUGUUGCAAGCUGGUCAAAUACCAGGACAGAAACCUCUACAACCUCAAACUCACACCAAUGGACAAGAAGUGGAAGAGGAGAUGGAGACCAAUCAAAAUGGCCGAUAG